GAUACAGCUUGUAUAAAUAGAAUUUCUAAAUGUAAACAUACAUAUAUUUUAAAUUACUUAGAAUAAUUUCAUACGAAAUAAGUGGACAUAUUUGUUUCUAACCUGUAAAAUAGCUUGUUUUGAAUAUUUCAUUUACAUCACAUAGCAAUAAUGGUUUCAUAUUUCACAAUUGACGCUACCGGUGAAGGUACGAAUUUCCAAAAAGAGAUAUCCAACAUGAUGCAUGGUUUUGGAGAUAACCCGAAUCCGAAUGCUGCAACAGUUGUUUUAGUAGAAAAUAUUGUUCUACAACAACUAAGGUCAAUGUUGCAAGAAUCAUUGAAUAAUUCUACUAUGAGAGCCGCAAAUACAAUAACAAAUUAUGAUAUAAUUUAUUUAGUGAGGAAAAAUCCUGUCAAAUUAAAAAGACUUCACGAUUAUCAAAUAAAACUUGACCGUAUUGAUAAAAAUCGUCAAUCAACAGUCACCACGCCAACGGAAACAAUUUUACCAGGUAUUAUUUUAGAAGAAGAAAAAGAAGUCACAUUAAAGAAAAAACGCACACACAUUGAUGUUAUAAAGGAAAUCGACGAAACUGAUGAAAUGAGCCUUAUCAAAUUCGAUGCUAUUGAUUAUUUAAGAAAAGUAAGAGCAUCAAAAAUAACCGAAUCAAUGUCAUAUGAAAAAUAUGAAGCGUAUCAUAAAGCUCGGUGCAGUUCGUUUCGUUCAAGUUACGGUCUUAGUAAAGGAUUUGUUAAGCUGGAAAGAUGGAUCAAUCCAAAUAAAGAACUUAAAAUAAACUCGCUAGCUUUAGAAGUCUUAUGUUUUCUAGCAUACGAGACUGUUGCAGAAAUAGUCGAUGCUGUCUUCUUGAUACGACAGGACAGUAAAAAGAAAAGUGGGGAUCCAUUUAGUAAAUUUGAGGGUGGUUACUUUUGCAAUCCACAGAGUUUGAACAAUGCUGUUUAUAUUAAGUCUGGUUACGAAGGUUGUCCUGCGAUAACAGUCGCUGAAGUGAGGGAAGUGUUAAGAAGGUAUUUCACACCUAGAAGUGGAAUGAACGGUCUUUUCUAUAGAAAUAUGAGCAUGGAUUUGCCAGUCAGAUAUAUUGCAAUAUAA